ACUCCGCAAGUCUACUUACUACCCGUUCGACAUCUCCAUAACACACGCGACUGCGACACUUGUAGUCAUUACGUUACAUUAAACCUCAAAACUCUCCCCAUACCCCCAAAGGAAGCUUCCACGAUGCCAACCGCAGUUGCGAAGGUCCAGCGGCAGGGAGUGAGCAAAGAGCUUUCAGAACCUCUACCCGAGCCGGAGACUUUCGAGGGAUUGAAGGGAGUCAGGGAGAUUGCAGGGGAUCUGGGAAAUCAACGCGUCAAGGACAAGGUCAUCAUCGUUACUGGCGCGAACUCGGAGAUAGGCAUCGGCCGCGCAAGUGCGCAUCAAUUCGCGCGUAAUGGCGCUCGCGCAAUUUACGUCUGCGAUUUCGCGAACAACCACCUCGAGACACACAAGCGCCAACUCAACAGCCUAUACCCCUCCACCGAGGUCCACAUCCGGCAGUUCGAUGCUGCAGACGAAGCAUCAGUACAAAAGGUCUGCCAAGAAGCUCUAGACACCUAUGGCCGUCUCGAUGUCUUCUUCGCCAAUGCAGGCAUAUCAUCUGGCAAGGUGUUCUGGGAGGAGUCAACAGAAGGCUUCAUGAACGUCCUGCGCACGAACGCCUUAUCCGUGUUCCUCGCAGCAAAGCACGCAUCCCGCGCUAUGCUCAAGACCUCGGAUGAGAAACCAUACCCGAAGGGCAGCAUCAUCGCUACAGCAAGUGUAGCGGGUCUACGCUCCAACGCCGGCCCUACAGACUACUCCGCCUCCAAAGCCGCCGUCAUCAGUCUCAUGCAGACGUGCGCAUAUCAACUCGCCGGAUCUGGUAUCAGGUGCAACGCUGUUUGCCCUGGGCUGAUCGAAACUGGUAUGACCAGGGUCACGUACGACGCGGCGAGAAAGAGGGGUAGCGAGAAGAAGAUUGGCCAAUUAAACCCACUGCAAAGAGGAGGGCAGCCGGAUGAGAUUGCGAGGGCGGUGCUGUUCCUGGCUAGCGAUGAGGCUAGCUAUGUUAACGCGCAGGCUUGGGCUGUGGAUGGUGGGUUGAGUGGAGGACUUCCUUUCGUACCGGGGAAGUUGGCAUAGAUCUGGGUAGAGCGCGCGAGGGUCUUGGUACGAGUGACUCAGUCAGUGGUCUAUCAUAAUUCGAUCGCGACGCCUAUCAAGCGACAUGAACCCUAUCACUAUGCAAUAAAAGACUCCAAUAUCCCGCAGGCUCCUCGCGUCAGUGCACUCGGAAUUCAUUACUGACAGGUGCAUCAGUAUCUGCAGGCUGUUCUGGUCACAUGCCAUUACGCUAUCAUAACCCUCCAGUCGUCGCUUAGCCAGCCACGAACCCGGACU